AUGGCCACGCGCGCCCUGCAGUGCGGCGGCAGCGACGGUGGCGACGGCGGCGCGUCCCUGAUGCACCUCGGCCCCCUCGCCUCCUCGAACCACCAGUCGUGCAGCAACGGCGACGCCCCUCACGCCGUCGUCGUCUUGGUCAGCCAGCAGUGCGCUGUUGGUAAAGGCAACAACACCGCAAGCGUCACGACCCACGCUGCCUUCACAGUCUGCAGCGAGGACGGCCGCUGCACCCUGCAGCCGCUGAACCUGCUCCGCUGCGCUGCGCCUCAGCCCCUGCUGCUGCCGCCGGUGCCGGCGCCGGCUGGGGCCUGCCAGCCGCAGGCGAGCGGCGUCCCCCGCGCCCUUCUCGAGUUCGAGCAACACGUGCUGCCGCCGCUGUCGCGACGGGCGGACGCGCUGUUCGCAGUGCCACCGCCGCUGCUGCCUUGCGACGGCAUGAGGUUGUGGCGCUUGGAGGCCCUCGCGGCGAGCUGCCUGCACAGGCAGUCGUGGCAGCGCGUUGUGGCAUCCGGGAUGGUUUCACGCAGCCACAUCAGCCGCGGCCUGGCCGCCCACAUGGCGUCCCUGCUCAUGGGCCCCGCCCCCGUGUUCCCGAACCGCAACGCUGCCCCCAUGGCGGUGCGCUCUUGCGUGUCCGAGCCGCGCUUGGGCCAGACCCUUUGUGGCCGGGGCGCCACCGGCUUCCCCGUGCCAGCACCCCAGAACACGCACGAGCAGCAGCAGCAGGCGCAGGUCAGUGACUGCGGCGGUGACGGAGCGACGGCACUGCCGUGGCCACCACUGCUCGCAGCAGUGGAGGAGCUUGCACCGCUGGAGCCAGUCGCUUGCCCCACUAACGAGGACAACCAGCAGCCGGUGCCCUGGCUGGGUUCCAGCGAUGUCAGCGGGCUCUCACCGCCGGCCGUCGACACCAGCGAUGUGGGAUCACAGAUUGAGAUGCCGGCGAUGGCGGCGGCGCCGCAGCAGCUGCUGUUCUUCGGUUCCCUGGCCGCAAGCCUGGACUGGAAUGAUGACGACACCGAGAACAUCGGCUGCGAGAGUGGCCCAACGGCCCAGCAGCAGGACGCCUGCGCUGAUGCGGCGGCGUUUUCAACCGUGCAGGCCGGGGUGACGCUGUCCCACCCUGAGCCGCCGCCGGCCAGCCGCGCCAGCUGCGACACGACUGAGGAGUUUAACAGUGGCCGCGACGACGGGCCGGCGCGGCAGCGCCUGGACGGCGCCGGCCAGCACCAGGCGGCUGAGGGGGCGAGGGUGCUGCGCCUCCUUCGGCAGGCGGGACAGAUGAGACAGUCCCCGCCGGCCGCUCAGGCGCCCCGGGCCCCUGCGUCGCAGCAGCAGGGGAUGUCAGUCAACACACGUGCCCAAGGGCCCCAGCAGCACCAGCACCAGCACCAGCAGUUGAAGCCGCCGCGCGAGUGCGGCCCGCAGCGGCUGGAGUCUGCAGUGCAGGACCUGGGCUGCGAGCUGGACUGCGCCGGCCCAUACGCCGCCGCGUCCGAGCAGCAGGCAGAGGAUCCGACAGCUGCAUUUCAUGGCACCGACAGGGUUGUCUGCGACCGGGAGCCCCCAGCCACCACCGGCGCCAGCGCGGCGCCCGCUGUGCCGCGGCGGGUGCGCGCGUCGUGCCAGCACGUGAGCGCAGUGGCGGCCCUACUGCACCAGGGGGGCCAGCAGCUGCGGCCUCAGCAGCAGCGGGCGCUCCCGCCGCAUCAGCAGCAGCACAGGCAGCCGCAGCCCGCCGGCAACGGCUGGGAUGCGCGGGGCGGUUGGGCAGCGGGCAGCCAGGAGGCCGGGCAGCGGGACAAUGGUGUAAGCGACGUUGGUGCCCCGGAGCCGAACCAGGACUUCAUCGGCGCGGCCCUGCAGGCAGCUGGAGAGGAGAACGGCCAGCAGCAGGGGGCUGCUGCGGCCCCCAGGCGCUACUACCACCGCGGCGGGCGGCGGGGGAACGCCGCCCGCGCGAAGCGGCGGCAGCAGGCGGUGGACGCCGAGAACAACGCGUCUGGGUAG